GGCAACACGUGGUGGGCGGGAGCCGGACCUUCUCUGCCUGGGGUGCCAGCAGGGCCAGGCCCAGGCCAGGUCCCCUCGGUUCCCGAAACACAGGGAGACGGCCACGUGGAGACACAGAGGGAAGAAUGCCAUGUGAAGAUGAAGACAGAGACUGGCGCAAAGCAGCCAUGAGCCAAGGAGCACCCAGCAUUGCCAGCAGACAGCAGAAGCUAAGGGAGAUGCUUCUCUAGACAGAUUCUUCUCUGGAUCCUGCAGAGAGAGCUUGGCUUUGCCCACAUCUCGGUUUUGGACUUCCAGGCUCUAAGACUGUUGUAAGCCUCCCAGCUCGUGGCACCUGGUUACAGCGGCUGUCGGAGACUAAUACCACGUGGUCCAGCGGGGACUGGAGCACUGCUUUGGGCGCGGCAGCCAGCCUACGAGACUUCCCUCCUCCCCGUGUGUUCAAGGAUGUGACUCCACACCCUGGCUGGGUGUUCCAAGUCAUGGCCGACACCAUCUUCGGCAGCGGGAAUGAUCACUGGGUUUGCCCCAAUGAUCGGCAGCUUGCCCUGCGAGCCAAGCUGCAGACGGGCUGGUCUGUGCACACCUACCAAACAGAGAAGCAGAGGAAGAGCCAGUGCCUCAGCCCAGCCGAGGUGGAGGCCAUCCUGCAGGUCAUCCAGAGAGCCGAGCGGCUUGACGUCCUGGAACAGCAGAGAGUCGGGCGGCUGGUGGAGCGGCUGGAGACCAUGAGGCGCAAUGUGAUGGGGAACGGCCUCUCCCAGUGUCUGCUCUGUGGGGAGCUGCUGGGCUUCCUGGGCAGCUCAUCGGUGUUCUGCAAAGACUGCAGGAAGAAAGUCUGCACCAAAUGCGGGAUCGAGGCCUCCCCCGGCCAGAAGCGGCCCCUGUGGCUGUGUAAGAUCUGCAGUGAGCAGAGAGAGGUCUGGAAGAGGUCGGGGGCCUGGUUCUACAGAGGGAUCCCCAAGUACAUCCUGCCCCUGAAGACCCCCGGCCAGGCCGAUCGCCCCCACUUCCGACCAUUGCCCACGGAGCCAGCAGAGCAAGAGCCCAGAAGUACUGAGAGCAGCCGCGUCUACACGUGGGCCCGAGAGAGAGUGGUUUCCAGCGACAGUGACAGUGACUCAGAUCUCAGCUCCUCCAGCCUGGAGGACAGACUCCCACCCACUGGGGUCAGGGACCGGAAAAGUGACAGACCCUGGGGGGAAUCAGGUGGCAGCGUGGAGUCAUCAAAGAUGGGGCCUCCCCGCCCACGCAGCCACCUCUCAGGGAGCCAGAGCAGCCUGGCCAUCGAGACGGGACCGGCUCUGCGGACCCACAGUGGGGGCCCCACCCAGGCCGGACCCAAAAGGCCACAAAGGCACACCUGGGCGAGCCCCUGCUGCUGACGUGGGCUCCGACGGUCCCCUCCGCCUGCCCUGAGCAGAGGCGUGCUUGGUGCGUGGGGCAGACUUUCCAGUGGAAGAGCUUGAGAGAGAGAGAAAGCGCUGGAGCCAGACCCUACCCGGCUCCUUCCUGACCAGUCCCAGGGCCCUCCACUGCCAGCCCUGUCGGACGUGACCUCUGACUCAACAAACCAGCGUUUGCAAGGCUGAGUCUGCUUCCCCCAACCCAGUGCCUUUCUGCACCCCUUCUCUCCUGGGAGCCCCCCUCUCCACCGCCACCCCAGUCACUCCCCUCAGCCGUGACCUUUAUUUAUUGCCUCCAGCCCCACCCCCAGUCUACCCCUAUGUUCAUUUUAAGUUUGCUCUCGUCUUAGUUGGACUGAAAGGGCCUUCAGACCCACCUUCUGGGGCCUUCCCCUAUGCACUGCAAUUUCAGAGGGUGCCAGGUAGGGCUUUCUCCAUAUUUGUAUUAAUGGAAAAAGAAAUCAGAGCCUGAGCGUGACCCUUCACACCUGAGCGUGGCCCCCGGAGAGGAACCCAGAGCAGGUGGGAUGAGCGAUCCACCCAUCCUCCCCCUUCCCCUGCGGCUCUGAACGUGGAUGCAGCCUCCUCCCUCCCCGCCCAGGAGCUGCUGUUGAACCUGGCUCUCUGUUAGGUUUCUUGGAAGCCCUCCUUGGCCUCCCCGAGGGCUGCUGGAGCUGGAAAGGGUUCUGGUGAACACUGUGAAUUCACUCACUGGAGAGCAAGCAGGCUUCAGCUGAGCCCCCUGCUGGGCGUGAAGCUCCCUAAGCCAUUAAUCCACUCCUCUUCAGUAGGUUCAGUUUGGCAGAAAAACACUUAAUUCAAAGUGUGGGCAGACGCUUCUGGAAAACCUUUCCUGGAGGAGAGAGAAUGCGUGAUUCUGUGUGUAUGGCGUCCACACCCCCCCUCCUGACCACCCCGGGCCUGGUCCUCGAAGGGCCUUCUUCUCCAGGCUCUCAGGCCCCCACCAUUAGCUCUUUUGCCCUAGUCGCUGGCAGACAGUUAAAAAAAAAAAAAAGUAAUAAAAACACUGUUUCCCUGUGACAAGUUAUGCUUCAGAAUAAAAACAAUAAAGAUUAGAAUUUGCAUUGA